AUGUGGCUCCUCGGCGUCGCACUAUUCGUAGCGAGCGCCACGGCCCAAUUCCGGCCGCCAGACUUCCAGGCUUGCGAUGGUGUCCGGCUCAACUCGGUCCAAGCAUCGUUCAAUGACGUUCUCGGAAUCAAUCCUAGCCUUGGCGUGAAGACAUUUGAUGCUUUGCGGCAAGCCGUCGAGAAUAUCUGGGCCUCGCAGGGAGCCCUUGGUCUUCAGACCGUUUGCUCGGCUUUCAAGUUGAUCAAGGUCGGAUUCGAUAACAUCCAAGGCUACGAAGCUUGCUUUUUUGGACCGGCAGGACUUGUAUCGACGGCAAACGGAACGUCUACUGGUAUUACGAUGGCUCAGGCCAUCGGCUACCAGAAACUGAUGAACCAGUUCGAUUUUGCGUGCGGCGCCGGAUUCUCCGUGUUCGCCAAUGUUGACGCAUGCGCGGCCGGAAUCUUCGCGACAAAUUCGUCGAGGACCCGGUUGAACAACUGCCAAUCGGACUUUUUGAAUUCUGUGGCAAAUGAUCCAUCAGAUGCUUGCUCAUACGCCGACAUCGCGGCCACAUGCUACCGGAACACAUUCUUCCCGUGUGGCGUGACAGCCGCAUGGUGGGGAUGUGAAUAUGAGAGGAUGGGUACCGCCACCUAUUACCCACAAUGCACGCAGAACUUCUGUAACUUUAACCCG